AUGGAAACAGAUCGGAUUGAUGCGUUCGCAACCAUUCUCAGUCUCCACGCAGUGCUUCCCAGUUCCCACUUUCAGUCUUGCCAAGUCAUCCCGGCAGCGCAGCCAGUUCAACCGGACCAACUCCAGCCAAGUAGUCAACAAGUGUCCGUUUGCAACCCACCUCCAAACCGGUGGAUGCGACUGUGCAGAACCCAAUUCGCGGCAGGCAAGAGCAUGCGCCCGUUGGACAAUCGAGUCAAGAGUCUACUUGAAGAGCAUCUCCAAUGCUCAUCUGGGCGUGGGCUCAGACAACGUUCCGAGACGUGUAGACAUGUUGGUAGAAUAGACAGUUUGUGGUACCCUCUUCAAAGUCGUCCCGGUGGUAGGAUUAAGUUGAGCAAACGAAGUAAUUUCAAGUGA